UAGACAUGGCGCGCCUCAACAAGAUUCCGCAAGUGUUCAAUAUAUUAUUUUAUUUAUUUGUAUUUUUAUGUUGUUUUACAAGAUUAACGAGUGCAAAUGUAGAAUUAGAUGAAGACAAUUGGAGGCAAAUCCUCGAUGGGGAAUGGCUGGUCGAAUUUUACGCCCCCUGGUGUCCUGCGUGCAAUGCCCUCGCACCAGCAUGGAAUGACCUGUCGAACCGCGUCAAGAACAAGGCGAUGAAGACGGCGGCCGUCGACGUCACCAAGUCGCCUGGGCUCAGUGGCCGAUUUGUAGUCACCGCGCUGCCUACGAUAUACCACGUAAAGGAAGGCGAAUUCCGCCAGUACAAGGGUCCACGUGAUGCAGACGCCAUGAUAGACUAUGUAGAACGUGGCAAGUGGAAGAAGACAGACGCGAUACCAUCGUGGAAAUCACCGCAAUCCUUCCAGAUGGGUCUCGUUGCACACUUCUUCAAACUCAGCCAGGCUUUAAGAGGUGUUCACACUAUGCUGAUGGAGACGUAUGGUCUGCCGACGUGGGGCUCCUACCUCAUCUUCGCCAUCGCUACAAUAUUUGUCGGAGCCCUACUUGGAUUGUUGUUGGUGUGCGUGAUAGAUCUACUGUAUCCUCCAAGGAAGCCAGAGAAGGUGCUGGUGAGCCAAGCGGAGGUUGACAGGAAGCGGGAGCAAGACGAGAAGAAGUCUGAUGAGGAUCAGGAGUUACUUAACGACGACAUCGUCGACGACGCGGAAAUACCGGACAGCGACGCGGAGAAGAACUCGCCCAGCGAUACAUCGGAGGACGACAAGGAGAAGGCGGGCGGCGACGACGCCAAGGCCGCCGACAAGCCGGAGCUGCGCAAGCGCAGGACGCGCAAGGCCGACUAGCGCGCCGGGACGUCGCACCGAGGACGGCAGUCAGUCUACAUCUGUUUGGAAAGACGCGUAAUAUGUUAUUUUGUUGAAACGAUGACAUCCUAAAGGAUUUAUGUAAUUUAACACAUGAAAAGAAAUUAUAUUAAAACGGCUUAAAUAUAUAAAUAUUAGAUUACAAAAUAAAUUGUUACAAAUUAUUCAAUGAAAUAUACAUAAUGUAUUAUAUAAUACGAUAAACGAACGAAAUAACAAACGCAAAUAAUCAAACGUUAAACAUUGAAUUUAUUAUAGAAUGUUAUUUAUACUAUAGUCAUGUAGUCAAAAUAUGAAUAAUUGCGUUUAACAACGUUAAAGCUUUUUUACCAAGACAUAGUUAUAAUAAUCGAUAGUACUUCAAAUUCUUAAAACUUAUGUAUUUUUAGUAUUUUUUUAUAUAAUAUGCACAUAGAAAUGGUCGUUUCUCAAAACUGUCACGGCGUUACCACGACAAAGAAACAAAGUCUACUAUUGUGUUGCAUUAUUUCUAUUCAUAUUGAUAAAAACUUUAAAAUCUGAAACCGAAUUAUUUCUUAAGUGUCAUCUCUAUUAUACAUGACACGGCUGAUUUUUUUACGCCCCCGCUCACUAGCGAAAUACACAGAAAAAAAAAAAAAAAACAAAACAUUUGUACCAAAAACAAUUUAAAUUACAAAGGAAAUAUUUCAAACAUUUCAGUGCGUUACAGUUAAAAUAUUAAACACUUUUAACGCUCAAUAUAUAAUUGCAUUUAUUUGUAAAAAAAACAGUGUGAUAAUGAGUAACCGCUUAUAAACAUUGUUUAUCGGGUGUUGAGUACUGAUUUCUCCCUUUCUGACAUUAUUGAUUUGACAUUCGAUAGAAGAAGACGCAGCAUUGGUAGGUCACAACAUUUAUAGGUUAUGCCGUAAAUUACUAAUUAUAAUGAAAAAUUGAAAUUAUGUAAGGGUUUUCACAAAUGAUUGAACCAAAAAUUUUGCACCGAUUUUUUUAUUCAAAGUAAGCCACUUGCACCGUUGCUAUUAAAGUAUUAUUUUUAGUAUUAAAACUAUUUUAUGAUUUCAUUUUUAUACGCAGUUAAAGUAAUAAAUAAAGAUUCGAAAUUCUUUUACAUUCCGAAAUAUAAAAUGAUUUAUUUGAAAUGCUUCAUAAAUCCAUCUUCUCAAAAGCUUUCCUAUAUUCUUUUUCCUUAAUAUAAUAAUCUUUUUCUAGGUUUAAUAAAUAAAAUUAAAAUAUAUAUAUGUAUAUUACGGCGUGUUUGUGUGAACCGACAGCAAAAAUUAAACUACAUUUUAAUAUUAUUAUAAAAAAUAUAAUUAUAAUCUCAGUUUUAGUGUAAUGUUUGCUGUCGAGUGCCGUUGUUGACAAAAUUGCCUUGUACAAAGACUAGACUAUUUUAAUGUUGCGACUGUAAUUAACAACUAGUGGCUCGCUAAUAAAAUAAUUGUAUUUAUA